AAAAUAUGGCAGCAAAACUUAAGAAAAUCAUCCAGUGCCUGGGAACACAUGCUCCAGAACCUCAACCUGAACACCUAUGAUCUAGCAUGCAUACAGGAACCAUUCCUCAACCCAGUAGGCUUAGCUAACGCAUCCAACCUCAGACAAUUCUGGGACGUAAUAUACCCC